AUGCAUCACCCGCGGCAUCGGCGUGCUCCUCAGACCGACGAAGAAGCCCUGAAGAUCCGGAAAUUAGGCAGUGCGCUCUUGGAAGAUGCGGGAACCGCAAGCGCGGUGGCGCCCGGUCGAAGGGACUCCGCAUUCAGGGAGCAUAUGGCCCAAAGGGGAGAAUACGCUGGAGUCCGGCCUGUUUACGACCACACCCUUGAUGAGAAAAUGGACGAGAGAGAAUCCAGGCAAGCAGAAAGAGCUGCAGCCAGAGCCGCACAAGAACAAGAGAAGGCCGAAGUACAGGAUAAGAAGAAGAAGGCCAACCCUGCAGAUAUCUGGUCCUGGGAUGAAUCUUCCUUGCAAAACCUCGGAAUAGAGGAUGAUUAUGUGCCACAGGAUAGGUCGAAGCGAUGGGAUGGUCGCAAGAAGCAGGGAGUUCGGGAGAGGGACGAGGAGGCAGAGUUUGACGAAGACGAGGAGGCCAAUCGUCGAUUACGUCGCGAGGCGCGGGCGCGCAUGAAGAAGGAGAAGGCCCGCAGGAAGGCCAUGGAGCCUUCGCCCCUGUACCUGCCCGAGUUCAUCAGCGUCAGCAACCUUGCCGAUGUGCUCGGCGUGCACCCCGCGCAAUUCGUUCGACGGAUGGAGGAUAUGGGCUUCGAGGAUGUCAGCUAUGACCAUGUCCUUGACGCAGAAACGGCGGGCUUGAUCGCCACCGAAUACAACUACGAGCCUAUCUUUGACACAGGCGAGGAGGAUUUGACCGCGGCGCCGGAGCCCGAAGACAAAUCGAGCCUGCCGCUCAGGCCACCGGUGGUGACGAUCAUGGGCCAUGUUGACCAUGGUAAAACCACGAUUCUCGACUGGCUUCGCAAGUCUUCCGUUGCCGCGUCGGAGCAUGGCGGUAUUACACAGCACAUUGGUGCGUUCUCGGUGGGCAUGCCGUCCGGAAAGACGAUCACGUUUUUGGAUACUCCCGGCCACGCCGCCUUCCUGGACAUGCGCCGUCGUGGUGCAGACGUGACCGAUAUUGUGGUCCUUGUGGUCGCAGCGGAUGACAGUGUGAAGCCCCAGACAAUCGAGGCGAUCAAGCACGCCACCGCGGCCAAGGUCCCUAUCAUUGUCGCCAUGAGCAAGAUAGACAGAGAGGGCGUCAACCCAGACAAGGUCAAGCAGGAUCUUUCUGUCCACGGGGUGCAUGUUGAGGACUACGGCGGCGACGUGCAGGCAAUUGGCGUGAGUGGUAAAACGGGCCAGGGAAUGCUGGAGCUGGAAGAAGCAAUCGUGACCCUGUCCGAGAUUCUCGACCACCGGGCCGAUCCCACGGGGAAUGUUGAGGGAUGGGUCGUCGAAGGAACCACGAAGAGCUAUGGCCGUGUGGCCACGAUGCUGAUCCGGCGCGGUACUCUACGACAAGGCGAUAUCGUCGUCGCCGGCAACACCUGGGCGAGGGUGCGCACCCUUCGAAACGAAGCCGGGUUGCCCGUCCUCGAGGCCACGCCAGGCAUGCCCGUGGAGGUGGACGGCUGGCGAGACCAGCCAGAGGCGGGCACCGAGUUCCUGCAGGCUGUGGACGAGCAGCAGGCCAAGCAGGUCGUCGAGUAUCGCCUGGGGAAGAGCGAAACCGCGAAACUGAGCGAGGACAUGGCCGCUAUCAAUGACGCCCGUCGAGAGCAGCAGGAGAGACGCCGGCGGGAGGAGAGGGGCCAGGAGCUCGAGAAGGAGAGCCAGUCCGGGCCUACGCCGGUGCACUUCAUCAUCAAGGCGGACGUUGGCGGAUCCGCGGAAGCGGUUCUGAACUCGGUCACGGCGGUUGGCAACAACGAGGUCUAUCCCAACGUGCUUCGGUCGGAAGUCGGGCCCGUGAGUGAGUUCGACAUCGAGCACGCGGCCUCAGCCAGCGGCCAUGUCAUCUCGUUCAACAUGCCCAUUGAUGCGGCUAUGUCCCGGAUGGCGCAGACGCGAGGCGUCAAAAUCAUGGACCACAACGUCAUCUACAGGCUCAUCGACGAUGUGAAGGGCGUUCUGAGUGAGCAGUUGGCUCCCUCAGUGAGCCACCGGGUGACAGGUGAGGCCGAGAUCGGACAGAUCUUCGAGAUCACGGUCAAGGGACGUGAGAAGACGUUGAUCGCAGGCUGUAAGGUGCGCAAUGGAUUGAUCAACCGGGCCAAGAAGGUCCGGGUGGUCCGAGGCCAGGAGACAAUCUACGAUGGUUCGAUUACAUCCCUGAAGAACGUCAAGAAGGACGUGACGGAGAUGCGCAAAGACACCGAGUGUGGUAUCGCCUUCGGCGGAUGGACCGAGUUUGCCGUUGGCGAUCACAUCCAGUGCUACGAAGAGAUCUUCGAAAAGAGAUACCUCUAA